AGUCCAGUAUAAAAGUGAACUUCGUUCGAGCAACAUCUAAAUUUGAAGCAAGAAGAAUUAAAAAACAUCUGUGUUUAAAUCUUUAUAAGUUUUUUAAAAGUGAAUCAAUUUAAUUCUGUAAUAUGGACAAUAAUUCUGAAAAUAUGAUGGACACAAAAGAAUGAACGAGAAAUGAUCAUUGAGGAUAGUGCUUUGACAAGUAGAACACCAACUGAAUAUGCGCUUACAGAUAUGGAACCAUCCAUUGAAAAUGUGAAAAAACCCACGCCUAUUCAGAAUUUCUAUAACGGUCAGAGUAUUUUCAUUACUGGUGGAACAGGAUUUAUCGGCAAAUUAUUAAUAGAAAAAUUGUUAAGAGGAUGUCCAGAUAUCCUUUGCAUUUACGUUAUGAUACGUCCCAAGAAAGAAAAAAAUCUAUCCCAACGAAUGAAAGAACUUAUCGAAGAUUCAUUAUUUUCCACAUUGAAGAAGACGCAGCCAACAUUUCUAAAUCGUUUAGUCGCCAUCGAGGGAGAUUGUAGCUUGCCAAAUCUCGGUAUCUCGAAAACUGAUAGAACUACGCUUAUACACGAAGUAUCCAUUAUUUUUCAUGUCGCCGCAACUGUGAGAUUUAAUGAAAAACUAAAAUCUGCCGUAGCUAUUAACAUCCAAAGUCUAAAUGAUGUAAUCAAUUUAUCCAAAGAAAUGCCGAAACUGAAGAGUUUCAUCCAUGUAUCUACGGCAUUUGCAAAUUGUAUUCACGAACUGAUCGAGGAAAAAUUUUAUGAUCCGCCGAUGGAUGUUGACCAAAUAUUCGAUUUGACGAACUAUAUGGAUGAAAAAUUGCUUGACGACAUUACACCUCAAUUACUUGGAACGUAUCCGAAUACCUAUGUGUUCACGAAAUCAAUUGCAGAGAGUGUGGUAAGGAAGCAUGUCGAUUCGAUGCCGAUUGGCAUCUUUCGUCCUGCAAUUGUAAUAUCAACGUAUCAAGAACCUAUUCCAGGUUGGAUUGAUAAUACAUACGGACCAAUAGGAAUUACAGCAAACGUACUAAUGGGAUUAAUGCGAACUCAUUAUUGCGAUAGAACGGUAAAAGCAAAUUUCGUUCCCGCAGAUCUGAUAGUCAAUGGUCUAAUUGUUAGUGCCUGGGACAUUGCAAAUAAUCGAAGAUUUAAGAAAGACCUUCCCAUAUACAAUUACGUAUCUGAUGAUAAUCCAAUCACUUAUAAGGAAUUUGUAGAACUGAUAAUUAAGUAUGGAGAAUUGAUACCGUCUGAAAAGGCAAUUUGGUGCCACAGCUUUUUAGUAACAAAAUAUCGGCUGGUCCAUCUUUUCUACGUAUACUUUCUACAUUUAUUACCAGCUCUUAUAAUCGAUACGAUCGCAGUGUGUGUAGGUAAACAGCCAUGGUUACUUCAAACAUAUAAAAGAAUUCACAAAAUGUCGGAUCUUCUUGGUUAUUUUUCUACGACGGAAUGGAUAUAUACUAAUGAAAGAUGGAACAAAGUGAUAGCGAAGUUAUCGCCCGAAGAUCGCGAAUUAUUCUUUUGUGAUAUAAAAGACCUCGUUUGGGGUGCUUAUUUUCCAACAUAUUUCUUAGGUAUAAGAAAAUAUAUCUUCAAGGAUCCCAUUGAAACACUCCCGCAAGCUCGUAUAAAAUGGCUUAGGUCUUAUUGGAUAUAUCUAACUUUAAAAAUUCUUAUUGCCUGCGUCGUUUUGGUGGUCAUAUGGGCUACGUUUGGAUCAUUCUAAAGGAAGCAAAGAUAACAAGAAAGGGAGGAAAAGAAAUAAUCAUAACUUGUACAAAUCAAUGACUUCUUUUGUAUCAUUUGAAUGUAUCUACAAUAAAGUUACCACAUAUUUUUGUCUAAUAAUA